UAGUGUCGUGUGGAAACAGAACCGAUUCAGCAACAGCUCCGACUAUACGCUGUCCAAAAUGUUGGUACUCUCAUCAACUAUCGUCGCCAUGAUAAUAUUAUCAUUAUCAGCAUCAGUGUCAUCUUAUGCAACCGGAUAUAGAAAAAUCGAACGUACCCGUGCUGCUCCCAGACGUUUUGAGGAGGGCUUGAACCUUGAACCUUACGAGGUGAUGUGCUCAGCCAGUAUGGCUUGUGGCUAUGCUGUGUGUGAGUGGAGACAAGACCUUCUCGUUCCGGAUGAAACAUGUGCCUACCUUUUGAGCACGUGUCACUGCCCUAAUAGACAGGAGUGCCCGACUAACAACCAUUCACCCUCCUCAGCACCGACAACAGGUUUCAACGUAUUUGAGUUACACUGUCCACCGCGAUCAAGCUGAGAAUCACGUGACUGGAAGAACAAAUCGGAUUGCAUCAUCUGGCGACUUCAAAUCAUCACCUAUACGGGAGGAUAUCUCAACUACAGAAUGCUACGGUUUGGUAACAAUGUAUUGAAAAGCUCAUCAUUGUCCAAACAUGUUUGAAUGUUAAAAGCACGUUUGAUAUCUUCGAAGAAUGAGAAAUAAACAAUUUAUGAUGUGUUUAACGCUCUCCAAUAACAUCCCCUCGAAAUGCUUCUCAGUGGUAUUUAUGUAUUUCCUAAAGCAUAAAGACACUGUCUAAAUGCAUUUCCUUUUUUUCAUGCAUUGCUUCUGUUGUAUCCUUGUGAUAAAUAAAUUAAUUUUGUAAA